ACUGUGUUAUGUCCUGGGAGGUUACUAGGAUCGGAGCUGACGCCACCUCCUGGACAGUGGGCAGUUCGUUGUCACGCGGGACCAAAUUUUGAAUUUGAAAACAGUGGAUAAAUUUAUUGUUUACUACGAUGAUGAUGAUUAUGAUUGUUAUUUAAUGAAAUAAUUAAACUAUGAUUAAGGAUAGAUGUAAUUGAUAAAAUAACUUUUAUCUGAAGACUGAAUUUUAUUAUAAAGUAUGGAUAAAACUUGAUCAGUAAUAACAGUUGUAUUCGUAAAGAGUUCUCGGAGAGAAGUGAAGUUACAUCAGACGGCAGAGAGAUCUCGGACCUUCACUCUCCAACUUCUCCCCACUACUCUCAUGUUCACACUCAUGCUUAUAUGUAUAUAUUCUUAUAUAUCUAUGUUCUUUACUAAAUAUUAUACUUAUACAUUUAUACUUUCUACUAAUUCAAAUUUGGGAUAUAAGCUUACACAUAUACGUUCUUCACUUUAUCCAUUCUACAACUUCUUAUUACUUAUUCUAUUUAUAUGUACUUAGAUACAAUCUUCCAGUUAAAUAUUCUAGGCUAUCAGAGGUGUAUUCCUCCAUAAUUAUUCUAUAUUUAAUUAUUUAGUACGAUUGACAUUACUAUUUAUUGUGAAACAUUAUUAUAAUUAAUAUAAUGCUAUAUUUCUAUAUUUUCUUUAAUUUAUUUAUUAUACGCGUCACUCUUUAUUUAAUAUUAACAGUAAUAGUUAAAUUCUGGUGAGACAUGGUUUUCAUUAGUAAGUAACAUUUAUUAAUUAUAUAUUUUCUUUUCUUACUUGUUGAUAGAAUAUGUAUUUGUUUAUAACCAUAUUGACGGUUAACUUUAGAACAAGGACCUAUUCAUGAUUUUUAUGCGUAUGUUUUGUUUAGGUUUUAAGUAUCGGAUGACAGGAAACGUUCCAAGACCACUCAACCUGUAUUUAUAUUUCUCUGAAUACAAAAUAAAGGUUUAUCUAUCUAUUUAUUUAAACUUUCUUAUAAUAAAAAUAUAUAAUUUAAUGAGUAUGUGCCACGACGAUUUAUCAUUUAAAUUAUUGACUCAAUAUUGUUAAGACGCAAUAAGUGUUGUAAGAAAUUAAUAUAUAAUUUCAAAUGGAAUUCAAAUGCGCGCUUCUUAUAUAUCUCAAGUUUACUAAUUAAUUAACAGGUGGAGGCACCUGAGGCUGUUGAGGACAUAACACCUCCCCCGUUAAUGAAAAUUCGACAUAUCGUUCGUCGAAUUUUUCUCUCAUAUAUACACAUGUAUAUAACGAUAUAUAAUAAUAGCUGAAGCUAAUUCUGAAUGAAAUAUAAAUUCUGCAAGACAAUUACCUAUAUAAAUAAUACCAUUACCGGUUGUUAAAUCGUGGUCGCACAUUUACAUUACAAGUUACAAAAAUAAUCAUUUUUAUGAUUUAAAACUAACAGUAAAUAUUAACUCAGGUUACGCACAAUAUUUAUAUUACACAAGAAUACAUAUUUUUUAAGGGUGAGCAGCACUAACCGGAUGUUCGAAUUUAUUUUUCUAAUUACGUUUGGAAUAAUUACGUCACUUAAAUGAUGAAAACCUUCAAAAAAAAAGUUUAUCUUAAACAUUUUUCGGAAGCUAUAAAAUUUUUGUAAUAAGAAUUGAUCAAUAAAUUCAAAGAAAAGUAAAAUUUAAAAACUCGUUUAGUACGGCCCAGCCUUAUCAUUGAGGUCACGGUGUUUACAUUUUAGCAAGAGUUUAAUCCAGACUAUGAAGUAUUAUACGGAUCAACAAGGUAAUUUAAUUUUGUAGAGUCUUUUGACGAAUUUAAAGAAAAUUUGAUUAAAGUUAUACUCGGAAAUUCUUAUCACUUAUGUUAUAUUAUUCCAGAUAUAUUAAUUUCAACUUGUUUGUAUGUACGACUUGGUAUGUUAUGGGGUGAAUUAGGUAGCUACAUUUCAUUAUUCCAGGUUUCAGUAAUUUUAUAAGGGUCUAUAUAGUUACGAUCAAGUUCGUUGGUUUUCGCGUCAUUUGCCAAAAAUACCCAAUUUCCUUAAGAAAACUUAUUAGGGUUUACCCGACAGUCACAAUAUUCCUUUGAUUUGAAUGUAGCUCUGUCUGGAUUUUCAGCAGCUUUUUAAUUGUGUUACUUGACUUAUAAUCGGCAGACUAGAAAUUACACAACAAGUAAGAUUGAUUUUCUGAUUCUUUUCGUCAGCCGUUCAGGGUUUUUAGGGUUCUUGUCAGGUUCAUCGUCUGAGGAAUAAACGUCAUUUAACAUCGGUUCAGGAAAAGUAUCAUUAUCAUUAAAAGAAUUGGCAGGGAGGUUGGUUUGAACCGGAUAUAAGAAAACUAGAUAUUUAUGACUACAAACAUUUGUUGCUGAUUCCGGAAUAUUUAAAUAUAAACUAGUUUCACUUCUUUUAGAUAACUUUAAUGUUAGUACUUAAGCAUGCAUUUCUAUAAUGUCUCUUUCAUUUUCACACAUUUCAGGCGAGGACGUCCUCUCUGGCAUCUCAUGCAUGGGGGACUCAAACCCCCACACGACAUCCGAGCUCGGUACAACAACUGCUGGGUGGUCCAACCACCCAAGGGACAGGGCUAAUAAACCCCUCUGAAGAGGGCUGCCACUCAUCCAACAACUCGUCUCCCUGGGAAGAGAGUACUGUCCUCGUUCGAGUCUCGCUUUCCGCCUCAACGUCAGGUCGGCGAGUCGUCGGGAAGGCAUCUCUAUCCUUCAGAUAUGUGCACAACGUGCCAAGGGUGGCCAUAAACUUGCUGUUUACGCCACUAUAUUUGGAGGGGGUUGUCCAACAACCCCAGGGAGUCGAUGCCAUAAUUUUUUUUUCACACUCUCUUUUUUUUUUAUCUUAUUCUGUUUUUAUCCAUGCUAAUACUCAACCUACUAUUUCCUAUGAGUUUAUCCUCAAGAAGCGGUUUCCCAAGCUUUGUGUUCUAAAUCAAUAAUAUAUUAAGUAAUUUUAUGUCAAUGGGGUUUCGAGAGAGCGCAUCAACAUUAGCGUUCAAUCGACCUUCCCUAUAAUUGACUUCAUAUUUAUAUUUCCGUACUUCAGCAACCGAUGUAGGAGUUAAGAUAUAGGAAUUUUUAUUCUAUGAGCUCACACCAAUGAUUUAUGAUCUGUGACUUUCAGGAGUUCAGGGGCAGAGUAGUAGGAAGGUAUUUUCUAAUGUCUUCUGGCUGAGAAUCGCACCGAGGGCAUAAAAAGAAGUGUUUGUUGUCGUGACGAAAAGUUUUGAAAGUGGGGGAACUGGAGAAUAAAUUAAUAUCAACUUAUAAUUAAUAUCAGAAUCUAUCGUGAAUUAAAAUUUCUCCAAAUUAAGUAGUUCAUCACUAUUAAUAGUUAUACACGGUGAGGUAAUAUGCUUGUUGUUGUGAGUUUUUAUGGAAGCGUCAUUUUGAAUAAGUUUUGUUUCAUUUGGUCUUCUGUGUGGGCUGUAUUGUCAGUUUGUUGGUCGUUGUAUGCAUUGAAAUUUUGGUUUGAUGUUGUGUUAUUUUCUCUAACCCAAGUAAACCUAUUUUUGCAGAUUUGUGCGAAAUGACCAGGCUUAGAACAUAUUGAACAAAUUACGUUCAUGGAGUUAUUACAGUCUUUUUGUAAUGUCCUCGUCCUCCACAAGAAAAACAAAUAAUCGAAUUACGGUCAAGUCGUCUUAUAUUGUCAUUGUUAUGUGUCUGAGUUACCCGUACAGUAGCCUGGUUAUUAGUUGAUGAUUCCUGUGGCAGUCUGUUAUUGUUAUGAUUUCUUCUAUCUCCAUAAUGAUUGUUCGCAAAUUUGAUAUGAUUUUGGGAACUACUAAUGGAAUAUUGGCUGGAGUAAGGAUUAUUACUACAGUGGGAAUGUAUUUUAAAAAGUGAAUUUUUUUGUUCCAAUUCUUUUUCUAAUUCUACGGCAAGAUCUACUGCUCGCGACAGAGUAAGAGGUUUUUGACUAGCAGCCCACAAUCCUAACUCUCCCCUAAGACCCCGUACGAAGCUAUCUCGAGCUCCUUCUUGGGUACUAGCUAAUAACCCGGUUCGUAUUUCACCCGAAUGCUUAUCCAUAAUUACUUCUGACGUUCCUUGAACGAUUUCGUUGAUUCUAGUAACGUAAUCUACGAUGGUUUCACCAUCCUUUUAAUAAAUAUUCGAAAGUAACGACUGCCAUUGAGAUAGAGUUCUACUCGGCACUAAAGCUCUUUUAAGAUUUCCCAAAAUCCCUUCAAAUGCUAAUCCCGAUUGAUUUGAAAUAUAUUUGCUGGCUUUACCCAAUAUACGAGAUUUUAUCAACUGAGUUAAAUACAAUUUACCAGAUGGAUGUAUUAGAUUUAAGGUUUGAUUACAAAGUUCAAUAAAAUUAUUAACUGGCAUAUUUUCUCCAUUGAAUACGGGUAUAAGGUUUAUAGCGUCUUUGAUACUCAAAAAUUGGGAAUUACUUGUAUGAACUAGAUUAUUGGUAGCAUAAUUGUGCUCAUUAUUUCCGUAGCCCGCGAGUACCGGUUCAAUUGGUACGCGAUUCGAAUUAUGAACUGGAGUAGCUGGAAUGCUAGGGGUUAUAGAAGGAGAGAUGGUGGAAAAAUUGUCAUUAUUAGUGUUCUGAAUGUCAAUAGAACUAAUCACCACUUCAGUGCUCGCGUCCGAAAUGUGUUCGUCUGUAGUCACUAAAUUAGACAUUUUCGCCUCAAAUCAUGUUAAUGCUUCUAUAGUCUUGAUUCUAUUUGAUUACUAUAUUUAAUAUAUUAAGGAAAUACUAUAUCAAAUUACAGUUGAACUUUUAAUUAUAAUUAUUAAGAUUAUGGAAUUGUAAAUAAUACAAAAUAUUAUAAUGUGUACUUAUUUCGACUGAAACUUAUGUCUGAUAGCAAUUUAAAAGUGUUAAAUAUCAAAUAAUCGUCAAAUUUCAUACAUGAAUAGUUAUAGAAUUUCCUUUAAAACAAAAUGCCUUUAGUUUUGAUAUAAAAUAAUACUUCAUAGAAUGACUUACAGGUUGCAGAAUUAAUACAAAUAAAAUACCUUAAAAAAGAAAAUAAUCACUUUUCACUUUUCACUCGCGAAAUUGCCCUUAUUAAAAUCGCACUACAUAAUUUCACUUCACUAAUAUCUUCUGUCAGCAUGAAGUUUCCUCCUAGAUGACCCUUCGCAGUUGAAUUGACCCUCUGGAAUUGGAAGAUCGCCGAUAAACUUACUGGAACGCCGGAACAGAUGCAGAAUAAUACACUCGAUGAUGCUUUUGAAUUUCAAAACGCUGAUGGACCAAUCAGGAUUUUCCAGAACGCUGUUGAAUCUCCAGAUUUGCGUUGAACCCAAUUGGUGUGACUAUCCCACCGCUGUCACCAGUUGUUAUGUCCUGGGAGGUUACUAGGAUCGGAGCUGACGCCACCUCCUGGACAGUGGGCAGUUCGUUGUCACGCGGGACCAAAUUUUGAAUUUGAAAACAGUGGAUAAAUUUAUUGUUUACUACGAUGAUGAUGAUUAUGAUUGUUAUUUAAUGAAAUAAUUAAACUAUGAUUAAGGAUAGAUGUAAUUGAUAAAAUAACUUUUAUCUGAAGACUGAAUUUUAUUAUAAAGUAUGGAUAAAACUUGAUCAGUAAUAACAGUUGUAUUCGUAAAGAGUUCUCGGAGAGAAGUGAAGUUACAUCAGACGGCAGAGAGAUCUCGGACCUUCACUCUCCAACUUCUCCCCACUACUCUCAUGUUCACACUCAUGCUUAUAUGUAUAUAUUCUUAUAUAUCUAUGUUCUUUACUAAAUAUUAUACUUAUACAUUUAUACUUUCUACUAAUUCAAAUUUGGGAUAUAAGCUUACACAUAUACGUUCUUCACUUUAUCCAUUCUACAACUUCUUAUUACUUAUUCUAUUUAUAUGUACUUAGAUACAAUCUUCCAGUUAAAUAUUCUAGGCUAUCAGAGGUGUAUUCCUCCAUAAUUAUUCUAUAUUUAAUUAUUUAGUACGAUUGACAUUACUAUUUAUUGUGAAACAUUAUUAUAAUUAAUAUAAUGCUAUAUUUCUAUAUUUUCUUUAAUUUAUUUAUUAUACGCGUCACUCUUUAUUUAAUAUUAACAGUAAUAGUUAAAUUCUGGUGAGACAUGGUUUUCAUUAGUAAGUAACAUUUAUUAAUUAUAUAUUUUCUUUUCUUACUUGUUGAUAGAAUAUGUAUUUGUUUAUAACCAUAUUGACGGUUAACUUUAGAACAAGGACCUAUUCAUGAUUUUUAUGCGUAUGUUUUGUUUAGGUUUUAAGUAUCGGAUGACAGGAAACGUUCCAAGACCACUCAACCUGUAUUUAUAUUUCUCUGAAUACAAAAUAAAGGUUUAUCUAUCUAUUUAUUUAAACUUUCUUAUAAUAAAAAUAUAUAAUUUAAUGAGUAUGUGCCACGACGAUUUAUCAUUUAAAUUAUUGACUCAAUAUUGUUAAGACGCAAUAAGUGUUGUAAGAAAUUAAUAUAUAAUUUCAAAUGGAAUUCAAAUGCGCGCUUCUUAUAUAUCUCAAGUUUACUAAUUAAUUAACAGGUGGAGGCACCUGAGGCUGUUGAGGACAUAACAACUGUGCUAUUAGGGAAUUGUGGUGUUUUGAGCGCUGUGAACGCUUAGUGGAACGCACCCACUAAAACAUGAUAUAUCAGUGAAACAACUACUUUUACCAAUACUUUUGAAUAAAUCCAGUGUUAUUUACUAUUUACUAUUUCAGUGCCUCUAAAAAUAUUUCGGAUACCUAAUUUAUAUUCCUUUAAUAUAUCUGUUUUUAGUUUUUGAAUGAAAAAUGGCUGCAAUACGUCAUACGUUACAACGCGAAAUAUUUACACCAAGUGAUGAAAAAUUGUUAAGUGUUUGUUUUGUCAGUAAAACAUAUAAAAAAAAGAAAACAAGUUUCUUAUGUUUGACGACUACAACAGAUGUACCAGGAACAUUCAUUAUAUACCAAAUAAAAAAAAAUGAUAGAAAUAUAUUUAAAAAGAAACAGUCCUGGUUACUCACGGAUAUACAAGUUGUCGAUGGAGUUAAAGCUGAUUCUAUGGAUAUUGAGUUACAUAUAGAUAAAAUUUAUAGAUGGACUGUUGCUACGUCACAAGAAUGUCGAACAUUCAUCAGUAAUUUAUAUACUUUCUCAUGCGGCUUACCUCAACGGCCACAAUUUAAAAAUAUUCCACAAAAAUGGUUGAUUGAUCCCACAACUCUUUCGGAAAACGACAGCAUUAUAUUGACUCCAGAUUUGUUGACACCAGUAAUAUCAUCAGACUAUCAGCCAAUAACCGAUAAAGAGACAACAGAUCUUGAGAAUUUGAUGUUAAAUUGUUCUUACGCAAUAUCUAAUGCUGAGUUAUUUAUGGAAACUCUCUCGAAAGAUUUAUCAAUUUUAGAUGGCGAAAAUGUUCAGUCAGUUUUAGCAUCAGAGCCUCAAGUAAUUCAACUUAUGAACGGAAUUGAAGCAGCAAUUGUUGAAGCUUCAGUUGUAGAAGCACGGUUAACAUUGUAUGAUGAAGCUCUAGGACGAAUUCGUGAAGUCAUGGCUCGAGUUGGACAAAAGAAUCAAGCCAUUCACACUGCAAAUCGCAAUGCGAGAUUAUUAUUAGAGCAUUUAGACACAAUUAUAACUCAAUUAGACGUAUCAAAUCAUCAUCAAAAAAUAAUUAAUGAAUCUGAACUUCCGGGUGGUAGAGCUGAACUUGUAUUAGCUGGACAUGCAGUUUUAAAGGCUGUUUCAGUAUCAUUACCCACAGGUCUUGAUAAAUUAAGUGCAGUUAAUGAACAAAAACGUCGAUUAGAUAAAUUGAAAGUUAAAUUUUCGUUAUUAGUUGCUCGGCACCUCAAUAAUUUAUUUAUUCACUUAGGUAAUGAUAUCGGUGAAACAUCAUCUGCUUUAGAUUUAAUUUUACCAAUGCAUUCAUCAGUUCACCGUGAAUUAGAACCAUACACUGAUUUGAUGCAACUACUUCGCGCAUUAGAUUACAAAACAUUUUCUCAGUUAAUCAAAGUUUACACUAAUACUAUGAGUAAACUAUAUCAAAGAGAUUUUAAAAUAUUUUUUGAAGAAGCUAAAACAUGUUUAAUUAAUUCACGACCACACUUCAGCUCAUCUAAACCAAGUGGUCAAAAAAAAGAUGAUGACUUAUUCACACCAGCACCAAUAUAUUUAUUGAGUAAUGAAAUAUGGACACCACAUAAUGAUGGUAUUAUAUUAGAUUCGAUCUUAGAUCGCGUACUAUCACAAUUACAACCAAUCAGUUUAGCUGAACAAGCAUUCUGUGUGACAUUCUUUCAACUAGAUUCUGUACUAUCACCAUCUAAAACUAGUGAGAACGAAGAUAGUACGAUUGUUCUCAGUGAUAAUAUAAGUAAUGGGGCGACAAGUCCUGAAUCAGUUUCAUUGACAGUAAGCAAAAAAUUAGAAAGACAAGUUAAUGAAGAAGUUCGUGCUACAAUGGGUGCUAUAUUCCCGUCUUUAGAAGUAGAAUUGAAUAAUUUUAUAUUAUUUUUAGAUAAAAUUGAUAGUUUUUGGUGUAUGUAUUUAUUGGUACGAUUGUCUCAACACGUAAUGUCAGCACAAGAUACGGGAUCGUUCUUAUCAAUGACAUUUGCAUCAGCUUUAGUUCAAGUAAAAAGAUCAUUUGAUAAAUUUAUGCAAUUACAACAGCAAUCUAUUUUAAAAGAUACUAAGGUUAAUCGGCGUAAUAAAUGUGGAAUUUUGCCUUAUAUAGCCAAUUUUGGUUUGUUUGCUCGAAUUACUGAUAAAAUAUUUAAAAAUUCUGAUCGUAAAGUGGACUUAGAAAAAUGGUAUACAAAAUUAGUCGGAACCAUGUUUGAAGCUAUCAACAUUCACAGUAGUGAACAUCAUAAAACACCUCAAGAAGUUGUAAAAAUGGAAAAUUUUCAUCACCUCUAUGAUCUUUUAUCACAAUUAAAAAUAUCUGUUCUGGAUAAUGAGCGGAAAAGUGCAAAACAAAAGUAUCAAGAUGCAUUAAAAGCAUACGUUACCCGAUAUUUCGGCCGACCCUUAGAAAAACUUAAUAUAAAUGUGAAUGUAAAUUAAUAAAUAAAAAUAGUAAAGUUGGAGCUAUUGCAACAAGACAAGGAAAACUAUACAAGAUGAAUUUUAAUGUAGAUUUGGAAAAUAAUUCUCAAAUUUCUCGAGAAUCUCAAGCAUUUAAAGUUGGAAGUUUGAAAAUAUGGCAUGAAAAGUUAGUUCACCAAAAUUAUGGACAAGUUAAGGAAAUUUUGCAAAGAAAUAAUGUUGAGUUUACGGAUUAUGAUGAUAUUAAAAUUUGUGAAGAUUGUAUCAAAGGUAAGCAACAUAGGAUACCACAUUCAAAGAGUCGAUCACGUGCUACAAAAAUAGGUGAAUUAAUUCAUAGUGACUUAUGUGGACCUUUUGAAGUUGAUUCUCUCAGUGGAGCUAAAUAUUUUUUAUUGUUGAAGGAUGAUUUUUCGAGUUAUAGAAAUAUUUAUUUCUUAAAACAUAAAUCUGAAACUAAAAUAAAUAUACAAAAAUACGUUAGAUUAGUUGAAAAAGAAAUAGGCAAUAAAAUAUUAAUUAUUCGUACUGAUAAUGGAUUAGAAUUUAUAAAUCAAGAGUUGAAAGACUUUUUUGAAGAAAAUGGGAUUCGUCAUCAAAAAACAGUAGCGUAUACUCCACAACAAAAUGGUCGAGCCGAAAGAGAUAUGAGAUCUAUUGUUGAAUUAGCAAGAAUAUUAAUUCAUAGUAAAAAUUUAGUCAAAAAUUAUUGGGCUGAAGCAAUUAAUACUGUAGUGUAUAUAUUAAAUCGCACAGGAACAAGUUCGGUACAAAACAAAUCACCUUUUGAAUUAUGGUAUAAUAAACAAAUUGAUAUGUCUGUGUUUCAAGUUUUUGGCACUGGGGUUGCAGUACAUAUUCCUAAAGAAAAACGUUUGAAAUUAGAUUCAAAAAGUAGAAGGGGAAUUUUCGAGGGUUACAGUGAAGAAGUUAAAGGUUACAGAGUUUUCUUUCCCGAAGAAGAGUGGAGUGUGUACGUGAUUUGAUUCUUUUACCUGAAAAUUGUCAAAAGAAUGAGCAAAAAGAAGAAUUCAUGUUUUUGGAUAAAAUUACUGAAAGUGAUAACUCACAUGAACUUAAUGAAAGUGAUUAUUUUAGUAUCGAAGAUGAAUCAGAUUUAGGGAGGGAAAUUGAUUUUGAACAAGAAAACUUGAUGGAAGAAAAUGAAAAUAAUUUAACUCUGAUGGAAGAAACUGUUAUUUUAAAUGAUGAAAAUAUUACAGAUGAUUUGGAGACUCAAAGGAUAUCUAAACGAGUUAAGAAAAAGCCAAAAUAUUUACAAGAUUAUGAAACAAGUUUUGUUGCUAAAGGAGAUCCUUGGAACUAAUGAUAAGCAGGUUGAAAAUUUAAAAAUGGUUCUUAAACAAAAUUUAAAAAUGAAAGAUAUGGGUUUAAUCAGUGAUUUCUUAGGAAUAAAUAUGUCAGGAUAUAAAUAAAAGGAAAAUCAUUUUAAGUCAAGAAAAAUAUUUAAAAAACGUAUUAAUUAAAACUAAUAUGUCUGACUGUAAAGGAGUUCAUGUACCAAUGGAUAAAAAUUUUAAUCUGGAGUUACUUCGACGAGAAAAAUCAGAAUCAGAUAUUUUAGAAUCUAAGUGUAGAUCAAUUAUUGGAUUAUUAAUGUAUGCUAUGUUAGCAAUACGACCUGACCUUUCUGUAUCAUUAAACAUUUUAAGUAGAUUUCAAAGUA